AUGGCAACAUUACGAGAUUCAACUACUGGUAUACAUUCAAAAAGAAAAUUAAAUGAAUUAGAAGAUAUAUCAAAUACUCCAAAUAAACAACAACAACAAGAACAUCUACUAUAUCGUAAUUCAUUAUCACCAUCUAAGAGUAACAUACAUAAAAGAACUAGAUACAGUAGUGAUAUUAAUACUAAUACUACAACUUCCUCACAAACUUCCACAUCCUCAAUAAUAAUAGAAAGACCAAUAACUAGACUGAAUUCAAAAUUACUUUUAGAACAACAAGAAUUACAAAAACAACAAAAAUCAGAGAAACCUAAUACUAAAAGAUCAUCAUCAUCAUCAAGACAUCUUAAAACAAGAAGCAAUAGUGAUGUUAAUAGUACCAAAUCAGAUUCCUACCACACAAAAUAUAACAAAGAUCAUUUAAAUAAACAAUCAAAUUAUACACAUAAAUCAUCAAAUACUAUAACCCCUCCAUCUCCAACUCCAAGUGAUGGAUUAUCAAAUGACGAAUAUCUGAAUGAAAAUAAUCAAGAAAUAAAAGAAAAUCAUCAUACAAAUUACAAAAAUCAUCAAGACACAUCAUCAAUUCAAUUAGAAUAUGAAAAUGAAAAUUAUGAUCUAGAGCAGCAAGAACGUCCACAACAUAGACGUUGUAAAUCAGUUUCAUUUGUCUUACCAAAUGAAGAAACCAAAACUUUUCAACAUUCACCAUUAUUAACUCCUAAAGAUGAAGAAGAUGAAGAAGAAAUUACCAAAUAUUUACAAGAAAAGGAACAACAACAACAACAACAGCAUCAUCAAGAAGAAGAAGAACAACAAAAUAUCAGAAAUAAUGAAACCUAUCCAGCCACUCCACCUGAAUCAUUAAAUGACCAUCAUAAUCAAUCAGAUUAUAUGGAUCCAAAUUUUCAAAAUAUAAUUACUUUACAAACUUCAAAAUCUAAACAAGAAAUAAAUGAAUCAACUCAAGAAGAAAUAUUAGAAUCACAACUUUCAAUUUUACAAACAAAUCCAGAUUAUAUAGUAUUAAAUUCAUCAUUAAAUUUAAGUUUAUAUCAAAAUCAAAAAAUAAAAAAUGAUAUAAUAAAAUUAUCAAAUUUAAAAAAUCAAAUAGAAUCAUCAACAUCUACUUCAUCAUCUACAUCUGCAUUUACAACAACAUCAUCAUCAAAUAUAAAUUUAAAAAAUUUUAUAAUUGAUUUAAUAUUAAAUAAAUUAAAUUUACCAAAACCUGAAUCAAUUAUAAAUUCUCCUUUUAUAAAUUGGUCAAAAUAUCAUUCUUCAUUAAUUAAUUUAAAUUUUAAUGAAUUAAUUUUGAAAAAAGGAGGUGAUGAUAACACGAGUAAAUAUUUAAAUGAUGAUGAAAUUAAACUUAGACUUUUUGAUUUAAUUAAAUAA